AUGGCGUUGGUCCAUUUUAUAAUAUAUUGCGGUAUCUCGGAAAUCCAGAGUGACAUUGAAUCUCAAGCCAAACGUAUCUCAUCAUCACAACCAAUAACGAAACCUUUCAAAGAUACAUGGAAAUUGAUGAUUCUUACUUGGCACCAUUUAUACAUCACCCUCCUUCAAAAAAAUCGCGAUUGUAAGAAUAAAGCCACCGGAAAUUAUUACGAUAUUCACAUUCUUCACAUACUGUUGGCGAUACUUUUCUUUCCCAUAUACAUAAUAUGUGCAAUGCCUCUGGGAAUAAUGAUAUGUGUGAUAUUCUACAUACCAUUUGUGUCUAAUACAAUCCUUGUAUUUUGGAACAAGUAUUCAAGUUUAAAUAGACGGAUGAAGAUGCUAAUGUUUAUUCCGGUGGUUCUGGCUACAAUAAUUUCACCGAUAAUUGUCACUAUAGAGGAGACGGUGGUGAUGACUGGAGUGUGGUAUCUUUCGGUCCUAGCGAUGUGGGUGGUGGCAAAUGAAGGUUUUGUACGUGGAUUUGACGUGUUAUGGUGGGUGAUUGUUAAUCUUUGGUUGCAUGCAGUAGAGAUAGCGGGUUUUAGUUGCAUCCAUCUUAUAAUACAUGUCUAG